AUGGACUCUGGGGAUCUCCGACAGGUACAUACGACCGUUAUGGCAUCACCUGGCGUCAGAAAGGCGUCACUCCCAUCUGCAUAUAUCCACAUCGAUUCUCGCACUGCCAGCCAGGUAUGCCACAGUGUUCCUGAAAUCCAGCUGGCUUCUUCUCCGAUCAUUCCGGGCCUAUGUUUCCCCUUCUUGCACUCCGCUAAAGCCGAUUGGGGGACAGGAUCGAAAUUAAUACACAUCCUAAAUAUUUCUCGCAUCUGCCUUCGCGUAUUCUCAACUAUCCACACACCAAGUUCACCGAAUCUCCCUCAGGGUCAUGGUCAAGGAUUCCUUGGAGUACUCUCCUGUCGACGCUGUUGACUAUGGUAAUGAGGAGGAAUCAUUUGAUGAUGCAGAAGAGUUCCGUGCAGGACCUCGUCCUAAGUUGUAUAGUAGCCUUCGCGUGUGGCCUCUGGUGAGCCAUGGCACGUUGUUAUGCACAUCGAUACUCUUUUUCGCGCUAUGGAUGGGCACGCCUUCACCCCACCUGCAUGACGACAUUCCUGUAUACUCUCCAGCAAGUGGUGCUAUUGACUCCAUGAUCAUAAGAUUCAACGGAACGCUCGACUUUCCUUCUAUCUAUCGUGGCCCUCCUUCCCAAGAAAUUGAUGCCGUUUGGGCCAGAAUAACUGAUGAUGUGCCACCAACUCGGAUGUCACUUGAGGAGAUUCUCAAAGCCGGCGAAGUAGAUACACCUUCCAAGGUCAAAUAUCCGCCCGAAUUUGGUGGGGGUUUCAUGGUAUCCAUGGAAGCCCCUCACCAACUUCACUGUCUGAAUUUACUUCGCAAAGCCUCGUGGCCCAAGUAUUACGGGCCCAUAGAUCCAUCGUUCCAGGAUACGCCCGAAGUAGUCCGCAUGCAUCUUGAUCAUUGCAUUGAAAUGCUCAGGGAGAAUACCAUGUGUAAUGCCGACGUGACGAUGAUAACAUGGGACUGGGUUCAGGGAUACAAAAUCCCAUACCCUAACUUCAACACCCGCCACCAAUGCAGGGAUUUCGAGAAAGUUUUGGACUGGACUGUCGAGCAUGCUGUUCAUAUCCCUCGAUCAGCGGUUACUCGUUUCGAAGAUACAGUUGACAUUCCCUUACCCCCCCAUCUGAUGCACAAUGAUGUAUAGGGAAUAACGUGGUCCUUGCUCAUUACAUACAUCCACGAGUACAGGAACGGCAACGAUCAAGAGUACAUCAAUGACAUAGGAAUACCCUGAAAAACCGGCGUGCACUACGGCAAGUCCGGCAGAGAGCGGCGGCAAAACUCGUGGCUAACAGACGGCACGUCGGAUGUUGAAAAUAAAAGGUACACCAGUGCGGCGUAUACGGUAUGCUUGAACUUUACUGGCAGAAGUCGUCCACACGGAGGCUUCGGAUAGCUAUUGUUGGAAGGCGGUAGCUGAGCGCUGAGAUGCGAUAUCCAUACAAAAUGAGUGUAUUACAAGUAAUGUAGGGAGUGAUAAGAUUAGUACAUACCUAGGUUAUUUGAAAGUCCGCCCCCUGGCGUCUUUUUGCCGUCGGACUGGUUUUAGCCGAAGAUAUUACCUUUUGAAUAAUAUGUUUUGCC